AGAAGGAGGAAAAAGCAAGAUGGCGUUUGGGGGAGAAAGUCUAAACGUGGGCAUUAUAGUUCUGUAUUUUUAAUCAGUGCAUACAUGUGCACAUAUAUGUCCUUUUAUAGAGUAAACAUCGUCAAUAAUUGUUUGUAUCCGGAUACAUUAGUCUGAGCGCAUUUUGACGCUUUCGUGCUCGCUAGUUAGCUAAGCUAGCUUGUUAGCUGCUAACAAAGACGCGACAUAUUCGUACAACUAAUUAAAAACACACAAUUAGUGAUCAACACAUCGCUUAGUUAAGCUCAAGUGUGAGUGUAAAGUGUUGUGAUUGUGUGAAAAUGUGCGAAAGAACGACAGCAGAGUACGAGGAGGAACUUUCUCGAACAAAAGAGGAGAAGGAGCGACAACGUCAAAAACAUCAAGUUGUGUUACACAGAACAGACGUCUGUGAAGAACCUCUUCUCCCUGAGCAACCGGAGUGGAGCUUCGGGGUGGUGAAGGAGGAGCCACAGCCCUUCCACAUUAAGGAGGAAGACGAGGCGCUACAUACCCUGCACAUUAAGAAGGAAGAGGAGCACCCAUUUGCCCCCAAUUUUAAAGGGGAGGAGUGCCCACUGACCCCUCACAUUAAAGAGGAAGAGGAGGAACGCAGCAUCAGUCAGGAGGGAGAGCAUCUUGAAGGACUGGAGGACUUCCCAGUGAUUAGUGUGAUUGUGAAGAGUGAAGAUGAUGAGGUCAAAAGUGAAAGUGAGGAGAGGAGAGAGGCGGAGCCUCCAAGCAGCAGCUCAACUCAACACAUGACAACAGAAGCUGAUGGAGACCACUGUGGAGGAUCACAAGCAGACAAGCUCUUAGCUCCACUAUCAGAUAGUGAGGACACAACGUCACACUCUCCUGACACUGAUGAUGAAGACUCUAAAGAUGAUAAGACAUGUCACACUGACAACACACACUUCACGUGUUCUCACUGCGACAAAACUUUUAAAUACCGUCGUAAUCUGACAAGACACAUGAUAGUACACACUGGAGAAAAACCUUUUUCCUGCUCAGUCUGCGGUAAAGAUUUUACUCAAAGGCAACAUUUGAAAACACACAUGAGUAUACACACCGGAGAAAAACCUUUUACCUGCACAGAAUGCGGUAAAGGUUUUGCCAACAAAAGUGUGCUGAAAGGACACGCGAGAAGUCACACCGGAGAAAAACCUUUUUCCUGCUCGGAAUGUGGUAAAGGUUUUGCAAAUAAAUGUUUUCUGGAAUCACACAUGAGAACACACACUGGGGAAAAAACGUUCAUGUGUUUAAUUUGCAGUAGAAGAUUCGCCCAGAAGGCACAUUUGAUAAUACACAAAAGAAUACACACUGGUGAAAAACCUUUUGUCUGUUCAGUCUGUGGUAAAGGUUUUACAUAUAGUUACUGUUUGACCAGACACAUGAGAAGACACACAGGAGAGAAAGUGUUGAGUUGCAGUGUGUGUGGUGAAAGAUUCUCCUAUAAGUACCAGUGUAAGAAACACAAGUGUGCUGGUGAGAACAGCAGCAGCAAAUGAAGAUGCAGGAUUUGAAAUAAACUGUCAAAACUUUAAAGGCCUACUGAAAUGCGAUUUUCUUAUUUAAACGGGGAUAGCAGGUCCAUUCUAUGUGUCAUACUUGAUCAUCUCGCGAUAUUGCCAUAUUUUUGCUGAAAGGAUUUAGUAGAGAACAUUGACGA